AUUCCAAUCUCUUUCCGUUUCAUCUUUUCACAUUCCAAAACAUUUGUGACUCUCCAACUCUUUGGAGAAGAAGCUGCAGUUCUCUUAAUUACUCUUCAGACAAAAUCAGGGGUGGUGAAGGAAACCGAGUACUAUGAUGUUCUUGGUGUCAGCCCAUCUGCUUCAGAGGAAGAGAUUCGCAAAGCUUAUUAUCUUAAGGCCAGGCAAGUUCAUCCAGACAAAAAUCAAGAUGAUCCACUGGCUGCAGAAAGGUUUCAGGUGUUAGGUGAAGCCUAUCAAGUUUUGAGUGAUCCAGUGCAAAGAGAUGCAUAUGAUCGAAAUGGAAAGUGCUGCAUUUCAAGGGAAACCAUGCUUGACCCCACAGCUGUAUUCGCUCUUCUGUUUGGGAGUGAACUAUUUGAGGACUAUGUAGGACACCUGUCUGUGACAUCAAUGGCUUCUUCUGAAUUAGCUGGUGAAAGUGACAAUCCUGAUAAAGUACAUGAGAAACUGAAGGCUGUCCAAAAAGAAAGAGAAGAGAAGCUAGCAAGGUUUCUGAAAGAUUUUCUCAAUCAAUAUGCUAAAGGUGACAGGAUUGGAUUCUUAAGGCAUGCAGAAUCAGAAGCCAAGAGGCUUUCUGAUGCAGCUUUUGGAGUGGAUAUAUUACAUACUAUUGGCCACAUAUACUCAAGACAAGCAGCGCAAGAGCUCGGAAAGAAAGCAAUAUAUCUUGGGGUGCCGUUCUUGGCAGAGUGGGCUCGCAACAAAGGACAUUUCUGGAAGUCACAGAUUACAGCAGCAAAAGGCGCUUUUCAGUUACUGCAACUCCAAGAAGAUAUGCGCCGCCAAUUUAAAAUGGAUAGAAGUGACCCUGGAAAUGAUGUCGAAUCUCACCUACUCUCAAAUAAAGACACUUUGAUGAACUCGUUAUGGAAACUCAAUGUAGUGGACAUUGAGAUUACCGUGAUACAUGUGUGCCAAACGGUCCUCAAAGAAAAUAAUGUUAGAAAGGAAGAACUUAGAGCUCGUGCUUUGGCAUUGAAGAUUCUUGGGAAGAUCUUUCAGCAGGAAAAGCAAGCACAAAAUGGUGCAACAUCAAAGGGAAAAAAUGCUGCUGAAAAUGAUGAUGAUGGAAGCAGUUCUGAUAGCAGUAGUGAAGAAGAUUCACCAAGGGCAUUAUCCUAUCGAACUCCUCUACUUACACAGGGUAUCGGUAGACUCUUCAGAUGCAUGUGUAAUCCAGCAUUCGAUGUGGAUGAUGAAGAGAUUGUGUACAAAAGCAAAUGAUGCUUAAGGCUGCUGUACAAAGGUUGGCAGAUUGACACUGAGAUUGUAACGCACUGUUUUCCUCCUUUUAACCAUCGAUGAACCCAAAGGGGUCUUGUUGACUGGGGAAGUUUUGCUUUCUAGGAAUAGAUUGGGACAAGCUAUAUUUAUUUUGUGUGUUAUGUAUUUAUUUAAAGAGAACAAAUCAAUGCAAUCCACAUGUAGAUCUCA